AUGUUUCUUUUUUGUGACUCUUUAAUAGCGGCUGUAUUCUAUCUCAUCCUCCUGGCACAUGCCUUCGAUGAGCAGAAGCCAGUGUUAACCGCAGAGACUCAAGAGCAACUUGCCUUCACCAGCACCUGGCAGGUCCUGGGGCCGUUCCAGAUUGAGUCAGCAUGGGGUGCCGACUCGCUCGAGCGUUUUGGCGGCUUCCGCAACCUCCAGUAUAGCGAUGAGGCUCAGUAUCGAAGCUCACUGGCCCCAAACGGAAUGGUGAAUUGGUCUCUUCUGAGCGGAGAAAACAUCACAUGCAGCAGCUUUGGCGCUCGGAUUUCACUUCGAGUGGGGUUUCCGCACGUGGACUGGACAUUCUUCCAGCAAGUCUAUGGCUGGGCCGCGCUGCAGUACCAAGCUUGGGCGCGUGGAGAAAUCAUCGUGACCGGACCGAAGCCAAGAGCUGUGAUCUUUUAUACAGAUCACCUAUUGGAGUAUUGGAUAGAUGACGAGCUUUAUUUUGGAGGCGACUCCUAUGCUUACCGCAAGGCACCCCCAGUGAUACAUCUCAACCCUGGGCGGCACCGAGUUGAUGUGCGUCUCGUGCGCGAUGUACGGGCAAUGGGUGGUCUGGGUGAACCUACGAUACAGGUAGACCUCGAACUCCGAACCGUAUCAGGAGAUUUGGAAGUUGCACGAGAGGAGAUUUUGACUGCAGACGUGGUCGAUGGCAGCCUGGCAAGUCCAUUGGCUUCGAUCGCACUUCGCAAUAACGGCCACAAUGCCAUAGAGAUUAUUGAAGUUGCUGCAGCUGACACUGCCACAUCGACAUCUCUACUUUCCGAGGAGCCACUGAUCCUUGCGCCCGGACAAACUAGACCUAUCGCUUUCAAUAUACUCGAAUACAGCAAGGAAACGUCAUCAAUUGGAGUCCGAAUCCAUUAUCGGUCAAUAAGGGGUCCGGGAACAAUUUACACACUGACAGGGUCUCAAAAGCUUCACCAACGCUCGGUUCAUGAACCUCAUAAGAUUACCUUCCUCCAUCCCGGCGGAAUCGUAUCGUACGCCAUCCUCCGACCACCGUCAAGGAGGGCUAGCCACGAGCGCGGGCGAGAUUCUUCUCUUCCUAUUUUGUUGCAGUUGCAUGGAGCGGGUCUUGAAGCGGAGAGUGAUAUCGUCGCGCAUGCUCUUGAUCCAGUGCCGGAUCUGUGUGCAUGGGUUCUUUUCCCCACUGGAGUAACCCCUUGGAGUAGUGAUGAUUGGCAUGCUUGGGGCUUCGCGGACGUUCAAGCUGCUAUCUCGGCAAUACCGGCCUGGAUAGAACGCAACGACUGGGGUGGCCCCGGAGCUGACGUUGACAGGUGGCUAGUCAGCGGUCACUCGAACGGUGGGCAAGGAACGUGGUACGCGCUUACGCAUUACCCAGACAGUAUCUUUGCAGCUGCGCCUGUGUCGGGGUACCUGUCAAUUCAGAACUACGUGCCAUACCAGCUUUGGCAGCCAAUGGACCCUCGACGCCGUUCAGUCCUUGGUGCGUCGAUGAACGGGUACCGUCAUGAGCUGCUGGCCGAAAACGCAAAAGGGAUACCAAUUUUGCAACAGCAUGGUAGUGACGAUGAUAACGUCCCUGCUUACCACUCCAGGCUUAUGAGCCAGCUUUUACCCCUGGCUGGCUGGCAUUCAACUUAUGCUGAGCUCGCUGGCGAGGGGCAUUGGUUUGAUGGUGUGAUGACUACAGAGCCUUUGCGUGAUUUCUACGACAAGCAUCUCGAAACGCCUGCCAGGGUAUUACGUCCAAAGUGUUCAACAUCAGAGAGCGCUGGGGAUUUUCCACCGCCUUUCAGUCUCAUCGUGGCAAACCCAGCGGAUACGGGUUCCAAAGGCGGCGUGCAAGUAACACAUCUGGAUGAUCCUGGCCAACUCGGCAGAGUCGAUGUGUCGACUGACUGCGCGUCCCAUUUCAUGACAGUAACAACCUCGAAUAUUGUCGGCUUCUCGAUCAAAUCCCACGAUCGUCAUCUUUCCUUUUCAGUCGACAAUCAGAAGAUUCAGCAGACUAGCACGCAACUCCAUGAGGAUUGCCUUGAACUAUGGAAGGACCAUGACGGCCUGUGGCGAGUGCUGCUGGCUGUACGCAAAGGCCGACAGCUUGGAGCCCUCGAAGCCAUCCUCCGCUCAAUGGGCAGAUUCACGAUACGAUAUCAUGACAACACGACGUACCGAACCGCGCUCCAGAUAGCACGAAACCUGUAUCAAUACUUCUCUGCCGACUCUGGAAUUGAAUGCAUGGACGUCCACUCGACCAACCAGCCAGGCAACAUGAUUACCGUAAUGACAGGGAUGGGAUUAUCCAAGUCUCUAUUACACAGCUUCCCAAUUGAGAUUGUUGCGCAUGGAGAGCUCUCUAUCAGGGACAGCGAUGGUCGACAGCGGCUGUAUUCUGAGGAUAAGCUCUCGGCGAUCUUUCUGCGGCCCCUUCGAGAUGAAGGGCUAGAGAUGGUGAUAUGGGGAGCUGAUGCUGAAAGCGUAGCUGUAGCUGCACGUCUGGUUCCCAUGCUUACCGGCGUUGGACAACCGGACUUUGUUGUUCUUAGCGAUAGCAGCCGGUGGAGGGGUGCAGACGGUGCACUGGCGAUGGGCUUCUUUGAUCAUGCAUGGAAUGUGUCGAAGUCGUCCUUCUUCUCGUGA